AUGACCGACUGUUACUACGAGACAAAGGACUGGAGAGCUUGCAAGAACGAGAUGGAGAGGUUCAGAGAGUGCUGGAAGGCGCAAGGGAACGAUAAGCGCACCAGCACGAAAGAUGCGAACGAUGCGUAA